AGAUGCUCCUUCUCAUCCCGGUGUUGAGCAUGUUGGAGGAGAUAUGUUUGUAAGUGUUCCCAAAGGUGAUGCUAUUUUCAUGAAGUGGAUAUGCCAUGACUGGAGUGACGAACACUGUUUAAAAUUCUUAAAGAACUGUUACGAGGCGCUUCCAGAGUAUGGAAAAGUGAUCUUGGCAGAGUGUAUACUUCCAGAGACACUAGACUCGAGCCUGUCGACCAAACAAGUAGUCAAUGUCGAUUGCAUUAUGUUGGCUCUCAAUCCUGGAGGCAAAGAACGGACCGAGAAAGAGUAUGAGGCAUUAGCCAAAGGAUCAGGCUUCGAAGGCAUCAAAGUUGUUUGCAACGUUUUUGGUGUUUACGUUAUUGAGCUGCUCAAGAAGAUCUGAGAAAAAGCUUUCUUAGUGGUGCUUUAUAAAUAAACAUGCAUGCUCUCUCUUUUACGUCUACUUCACCAGCUUAAUUGUUGUACUUAUGUGAUCUUUUUCGAUUUAAAGUCUUAAACUAUGAUGCUUAAUCAUGGUUGCCGUGCGAGCUGUUUAUCAAUAAAUUGUA